ACUAGGGUGUUAUGAAUUCAUAGCCGUUAUGAUUUCUCAAAAAGUCAUGUUUGCAAGUAUAUUUUUAAGGUCAUACCUCUAUGAUGGAAGUGAGAUCAUGGUAUUCUGUUGUGCUUUCUUGCUAAUGUGCUUGGUAUAGUCAUAUAUAUUCAAAUUGUGAAGUAUAUUCACUUGAGUCUAGUUAGUGAGAUAUUUUGUUAUUUUUCUUUCUUUCAGAACUGUCUUCCCAUUGCACCCAAGACCUAUUGCCAGGGCAGGGCAUAAAAGAUUCGUCUCAGAAAUCAAUAAUGAGACUAUAUGGAACCUGUAGCCCUGAAAAUGUACACUUAAGAAAAGCCAGGGAGUGUGUGGGUGAGUGUAAGAGGCAGAAAGUAUGUUACGAUGGUCUUACCCAGUGUUUGUCAAAUACCCAUAGGAAAAAGGUCAAAUGUUAUAAAUGUAUAAAAGUCUUUACCAAAUCUUCAAAUCUCAAUAUACAUAAGAUAGAACAUACUGGUGAGAAAAGAUUCAAAUGUAAUGAAUUUGGCAAGAUGAUAAACCACAGCUCAGAACCUUCUGGACAUAGGAAAAUUCAUACCGGAGAGAAACCUUACAAGUGUGAAGAAUGUGGAAAAGACUUUAAGCGUUCCUCCAAACUUACUAUACAUAAGAGAAUUCACACUGGAGAGAAACCCUACCAAUGUGAAGAAUGUGGGAAGGCCUUUACCCAGCUUGAUGUAGUCACUCGACAUAAAAAAAUUCAUAGAGGAGAGAAACCAUACAAAUGUGAGGAAUGUGGCAAAGCCUUUAUCAGGCUAAGUGACCUCACUGGACAUAAAAGAAUUCAUACAGGAGAGAAACCAUACAGAUGUGAGGAAUGUGGGAAAGCCUUUACCUGGCUCAACAACCUCACUCAACAUAAAAUAAUUCACACUGGAGAGAAACCAUACAAAUGUGAGGAAUGUGGCAAAGCCUUUAUCUGGCUAAGUAACCUCACUGUGCAUAAAAGAAUUCAUACUGGAGAGAAACCAUAUAAAUGUGAAGAAUGUGGCAAAGCCUUUACCCGGUGGUCAAGCCUUACUCAACAUAAAAUAAUUCAUACUGGAGAGAAACCAUACAAAUGUGAGGAAUGUGGCAAAGCCUUUAUCUGGCUUAAAGACCUCACUGGACAUAAAAGAAUUCACACUGGAGAGAAACCAUACAAAUGUGAGGAAUGUGGGAAAGCCUUUACCUGGUGCACACAGCUUAAUCAACAUAAAAUAAUUCAUAGCGGAGAGAAACCUUACAAAUGUGAAGAAUGUGGCAAAGCCUUUACCAGGUGCGCAUACCUUACUCAACAUAAAAGAAUUCAUACAGGAGAGAAACCCUACAAAUGUGAGGAAUGUGGCAAAGCCUUUACCUGGUGCACACACCUUACUCUACAUAAAAGAAUUCACACAGGAGAGAAACCCUACAAAUGUGAGGAAUGUGGCAAAGCCUUUAGCAAGUGCUGGACCCUUACUCUACAUAAAAGAAUUCAUACAGGAGAGAAACCCUACAAAUGUGAGGAAUGUGACAAAGCCUUUAACCAGUCCUCAACCCUUACUCAACAUAAAAGAAUUCAUACUAGAGGGAAACCCUAAACAUGUGUAGAAUGUGGCAAAGCCUUUAUUCGCCUCAGAGACCUCACUCUACAUAAAUGAAUCCAUACAGGAGAGAAACCAUACAAAUGUGAGGAAUGUGGCAAAGCAUUUUCCCAGUGCUCACCCCUUAAUCUACAUAAAAGAAUUCAUAUCAGAGAAAAAUUCUACGAAUAUGAAAAUUGUGGCAAAGUCUUUAAUAACUGCUCACAUCUUAUUCCACAUCAAAGAAAUCAUACUAGAUAAAAACGAGAUAAAUAUAAUGAG